AGAAACACUCCCUUUAAAAGAAAACCGGUGUUUGAGCCCGCCCCACUCCUUUCCCCCUUUUUUCCCCUUUUUGUGCUACAGCGAAAAGAAACGAACGAGAGAAACGAUGAAGGUCACGCUGCGCGGUGGCCUGACGCUGGCGGGGUGCCUCGCCGUCACCGUGACAAACUUUCUCGUCGCGAGCAUGUGGGUCUACCUGACCCUCUUCACCGUCAAGUACAUCUUCGGCGAGGGCCCGAUGCGGCUGUGCUACAGGCUGAGCGCCGCCUACCACAACUUCCUCCAGCGCGCCUACUUCUCAUGGGUGGGUGGGCUGCUGGAGUUCGGGCUGGGGACCCGCGUCGCGUACACCAUCGUCGACGACGAAGGACAGGAGCACUUGGAGCAGCACUACACGACGGCCAUCCGCAGCGAAGACGGCAGAGCGGAGAAGUACGUCGACCUCGACAAAUUCCUCCGUCCACCGUCGACGCCCGGGAGGGCGAAGAUAAUUAUCAUGAACCACCACUGCCGGCUGGAUUGGCUGUACAUGCUUCUCUUCUUCGCCCGCACGCGCGGGAUGGUGCAGCAGGUCCGGUUUGUAUUGAAGGGGGAGCUGAGGCAGCUGCCGGUGCUGGGCUGGACCAUGGAGAUGUUUCGCUACCUCUUCCUGUCCCGCAGCUGGGAGAAUGACGCGAAGUACAUCGAGGGGAUGGUGCAGUUCUUCCACGACACCAAGGACACGCCGGUGGUGUUCAUCUUUCCAGAAGGCACGGACCUGUCGCCGAGCAAUGUGGAGCGCUCGCAGGCCUACGCGGCGAAGGCGGGGCUGCCCAAGUUCCACCACGUACUGAAUCCCCGUACCACCGGCCUCAUCGCAGUUGUGAAGAUGCUGGGCGGCCCGGAGAAGGUGGAGGAGGUGCUGGACUUCACGAUUGGCUACACCUACCACGCCCCGGGGGAGCGGCCGAACGAGCCCUCGCUGAUCAACGGUCACCACCCAAAGAAAGUACACCUGCUGCUGCGCCGCUACGUCCUCGAGGGCACCGAGGCGGCCGCCCGCGCAAAUCCCGCGUCUGUGGUCCCGGCGGAUGAGGCGAAGAUGGCGGCGUGGACGCACGAGCGCUUUGCCGAGAAGGAGCAGCUUCUCUCGCGUUUCUACGUGUCUAACCCAGUCGGCUUCGAUGCGGCGGACGUGAAGGCGGUGCUGAGCACGCAGCUGGGUCUGUCCUGCUACGACAGCGACGAGGAGCAAGUCCGCCACCCGCACCGGUCUCAGUGGCGGCGCUACUAUCAGCAAGUCGGUCCCUUCGGUGUUGUUCUGGUGCCGCUUUACUGGCUUGUGCCCGUCACGUACUUUGUGCUGUGCACGCGUUGGUGGCUCAGUGUGCUGUGGACGGUAGCGGUGCUGUUUACCUUUACAAAAGGGAUAAAGGCGGUGGGUGGACUGCAGAGGGCGCUGCUCUUGUCGAAGGUGGCUCCGGAGAAGACUGCGAUGCAGCGGCUGCGCCAGUGGUUAGAGAUUCGGCAGACGAAGGACAAGAAGGAGGAUUAG